AUGGUAACUCGCUCAUGCAUCAUCGCAGAUCAAUGCUUGAAGAGAUGGAGCUGUGGGUUGGAGAGGCUGGCUAGAGAAGCUGUGCAAGGCUGCCCUAGUGAAAUACCUGAAAAUCCAUUGUAUACGAGAAGUGUACUACACUUAUCAAACGAACAAAGGAACGUAUUAUAUCAUAAAGAGGAGCUCGACGAUCCUCUCAAAAUGCGGUUCAACGAUUUCGCUAGCGGACGCUCUAGAUACCAAUGGGGCAACAUGGUGCUGAACUUCCAGGGCCCCGAAGGAUUGAGCAUGCGAGAGUGUGCCUUGCGCGGAAAAAUGAAAAAAUUCAGUGGCAAGUCCUUCAAAAAAGCCGCCGACAUGGAGAAGAUGGAGUAUGACUGCGACCUGGAAGCUGACGCAAUGAUCUACGCUGAAACAUGUGCACUUGUGCCGUCCUAUCCUAGCGCUAGGAAGGGUCAGGGAGAGAACGUAGCUGUGGUGGAACCUCAGAGUGCGGAAAGUUUCGAGAAAGCUGCUCAAGCGGCAGAUGUAUUGCUCAGGCCAUGCGAUCGUGGUUCAGACCGAUUAGGGAAGGACGAUACCAUUGGAGUUAGAGAAGUCAUAUUCAAGGAGAGACACAGAAAUACCCCUGUAGCUCUAGCGACUCAGAUUGUGUGGUCAACCACGAAUAAAGUCGGAUGUGCCAUUGGAAAAUGCGGCGGCUCCUAUUUUGUCGUGUGCCGAUAUUCACCACGCGGAAACCAAGUAGAUCACGAAGUCUACAAAAUUGGAACACCGUGCUCACAAUGUCCUUCAAAGAGAUGUGACACUGCAAUGGGACUGUGCAUCAUGCCGUGA